CAUUGACUUGGAAGACUUGGACCAAAAAACCCAAGGCAAGGAGCCUGAACAAAAUUGAUAUCUGUUUACUGAGGAAGAGGUGAUCCUCCUAAUUAUGGCGAUUGGAUUAGUGCCAUCUCUUCUUUCAUCAGCUAGCAGCCUGUUGGCAAUUCUUCGAAGCCGGCCAUCGGCUUUGCAUCCUCCUACUGCAUCUGCAGAUCUGCAACGUCUCGAACGACUGCUGUCACGCAUCCAGGCUACAGUAGAUGAUGCCGAGGAACAAGAGGUCCAGGACAACUAUGCUAAGUUGUGGCUUAAGGAGCUCAAGGAGUUAGCGCAUGAUGCUAAGGAUGUCCUUGAAGAUUACCGGUAUGAGCUGCUGCGGUGCAAAGUGCAAGAGCGCCAAGCUGAUUAUCCACGCAAGCGGAAGCACAUCGACUAUGAUCAAGAAGAUGAUGAUAGUAUUAAUGAGACAAUUAAUGACAUAGCAAACCGAUUUGAGGAGAUAUUCAGAGAUCGAGCUGCUCUCCAGCUCAGAUCUGAAGAUGCCGAGAAACUAGCAGACAGGAGUGACCGGUUGAAUUCAAAGCCAACUACCCACCUUCUAGAUGAAUCCCUUGUUUUUGGUAGGAUUGAUGAGAAGGAGAAUAUUGUAGAAUCAAUGUUAUCCCAAAGCAUGAAUCCUGGAAUUGUUGUUUUGCCAAUUGUCGGAAUGGGUGGUAUUGGAAAGACCACGGUAGCACAGAUGGUGUAUAAUGAUGGCCGUGUUAGAAAGCAUUUUGAUCAUAGUGGUUGGAUUCAUGUCUCCCCAACAUUUGAUGUCCUUAGGCUGAUGACCGCAAUAACAGAGUCAUUGACCAAGAGAAACUGUGGCUUCACACAGCUAAGCCUAAUUCAUGAGGUCCUUCUCAAAGAAUUAGUUGGGAAGAAAUUGUUUUUUGUGCUUGACGAUGUAUGGAACGAAUGUGAAAGUUCCUGGCAUGAUUUAAUUUAUCCACUCAGGUAUGCUCAAACAGUCACAAUUUUGGUAACAACUAGGAGUAAGGAGGUGGCACAUCUUGUUGAAACAAUGAAGCCGUUUAACCUUGGUGCCAUUCCUAAUGAUGAUUCCUGGCAAUUGUUUCAGUAUUAUGCUUUUGGGAUGCAAUGUGUUAAUGAAAAAUCAAGUUUAGCUCAGAUUGGCAGGAAAAUUCUGCAGAAGUGCGGUGGUUUACCACUAGCAGUGAAGUCAGUAGGCUGCCUUUUACGCUCUAAAAGAGAUGAAUAUACCUGGAUGGAAAUAUUGGAGAGCGAGCUUUGGGAAUUAGAUGACAAGGAUAAUAUCUUCCCAGCUCUUAGAUUGAGUUAUUACCGGUUGCCAACACGGCUAAAACCUUGUUUCCUACUCUGUUCAUUGUAUCCUACAUAUUUGGGCUUUACAAAAGAUGAAAUCAUUGACCUGUGGAUAGCUCAAGGUUAUGUUGACUCCAAAAGUGGUAAAACACGCCAGGAGGUUGGCAACGAGUAUUUUAAUGAGCUGUAUGAAAGAUCAUUGAUUGAAACUUCAUCAGGGCAAUUGCUGUGCGAAGCACAUUAUUUUGAUGAGUUACUAGGAAGAUCAGUGAUUGAGAGUUUAUAUGAGAAUAUUGAGAGACCUCGCAAUAUUGGGCUAAAGAGUUACAGAUCGCCCCUGCAAUUUGUACCUUGGAUGGAUCCCACCAAAUCAUUUAUCUCUGAGCACGUUGGUAAUUUUCAUCUAAGAAAGUACAUUGAUAUGAAGCAAUCGCUGAUUGAAACUUAUCUGGAGCAGUCAUCAGAGUCAAUCCAGCGUUUUAAGUUGCAUGAUGCUAUUUUUGAUCUUGCAAAGUCAUUUACUAGCAGAGAACGCUGUACGGCAGUAUUUCACACACUAUGUAAUUUGCCAAAUGAACUUCACCAACUUCAUGCAUCACAAGCUAGUAGAACACUUUCCUUUCAUGAACCAAGGUCUCUGCAGACAUUGGUAUUAAACUGUUGUUUCUCUGCUAGCUUCAAUGAAUUAUCCAGUUUUGUAUAUCUCAGGGCGUUGGUACUGAAUUCAAACCAGGAUGUUACCAAUAUGAUAGGUUCAAUUGGCAAUUUGAAGCACCUGCGUUAUCUCUCUCUAAAUUGCUAUCUGCAAGAACUGCCUGAAUCCGUGUCUCGUCUUUACAGCCUGGAGACAUUGGUGAUUUCCAAUUUAAGAACAUUGAGGGCAACAAACUUUCACAAUCUUGUCAGCCUUAGAAGUCUUCAUGUAUAUUUCGAGUUUUUGGAUGGAUCUUUGGAUCAAAUUUGCAAGCUUGAUAUGUUGGACACAGUAUGUCUGAAGCGAUGCAGUAAUAUCACAUACUUACCCUUACAUGUAGGAAGCCUCAUCAAGUUACAGCGUCUUCAACUCAUUGAAAUACCAAACAUCAGGAUUUUGGAUAAUGCAUCUUUUAAGUACAGAAGAAUUAACAGUAUAACAAGGCACCCAGAAGCAACAUUUCCAUCCUUAGAGGAGUUAGAACUCAUAAAAUUGUGCAAACUAGAGGAUUGGUAUGGAAUACAGCAUUCAGAUUGCCCGAAAUUGCAGAGACUUACAAUCAGAAACUGCGUUAAACUCAGAACAGUUCCUUGUUUUGUUUCCCUUAGAAAGCUGGUAAUAAGCAAUUGUGCCCUCACAAUUCUGCCAUUUUCAGUAGGUAAUAUACCGUCAAAGCUCCAAACUAUUGAUAUCAGAGAUUGUACGUACCUGAGUACUUUGGUGGGACUACAAAACCUUUCUUAUCUCAUCAGCUUGUAUAUUGCCCGUUGUCCUCGGCUCCUCAUUCCCCCUUCAGAAAAUAUGCUGUGUAAGCCUCACAAUGCAUUUAUUGCUGACUGCCCUAAACUGAAGCAGUGGUGCGAGAAACAUGAGUUCAACUAUUUUCAGGUAACUAGGAAGAUGCAGAUUUCGGAUGUACGGUUGAUCACAGACUAUGGCGUUGAGAAUUUCAGUACCGUUGAACAUCUGACGAUCCAGCAGUGCUCAGAGAUGGACCCAACAAUGCUUUCCUCGACCGAGAAAUGGCUACCAUCUAAUUUGCGGUUCUUGCACUUAAGUUGUUCCACAUUCUCUGGUGUCCUUCAGUUCCACAUGGGUCUUCAAACCCUUUCAAGACUAGAGAUCUGGAGCUGUACUAAGCUUCAAUCACUGGUUGGCUUGCACAAACUCGAUGACCUUCGACGAUUGGUUUUGGUUGACUGUCCUUUGCUCGAGCUACCAACAGAAACAGAAUUUCCAAAACGGUUGUCAUCUCUAGUAAUUCGUGGGUGCCAUCAGCUUCUCUCUCUCCACUUAGGCAUGAAUGACCCGACGAUUCUGAGGGAGCUUGAGAUAUCUGACUGCCGAGGAUUAAUGUACAUUGGAUGGUUAGGCUAUUACACAGACAUUGAAAGCUUGAAACUUUUUCAUUGCCCUCUACUUCAACUGCAGGACUUUGUGCGAGUUGUUCCUGAAACAGCCCUAAUCUGUUGUUGUCCCAGGCUAAAGAAGUGGUGCGAGUGGAAUGGCAUAGAGUACAAGGACAUCCAGGAAAAUCCAGAGGAUUCAGUUGGGAAGCUGUGAUACUUUUGUAAUUCACUGUAUUUCGUUAUGACCAAACUUCUCCAGGAAUGUUGGAUGGGUGGGUAUCCAUUCUGAUAGAGCGAAUCUUGUGUUGGUACAGAUAUUGAUCUACGAGGGCUCAAGGCAAUGUAUUGUAACCUGUAAGAGGGUUGUCUGAAAACAUAUUACAGGGUUUGCGUCAAGUUCAACUCAAAUUUUAACCAUAACUUAGUUGGAAUGGAAGCUGCAUAAUUUAUCAUAAUAAUGCAAAUAUGGUGAAAUGGAGUAACGGUUUUAAAAUUUAAUUGCAUUUUCAUAAGACUGUGCAGACUAUAGUUUUAGUCUUGCAAAGUGACUUUCUGAUAGUUAAAAUUAUAUUAAUACG